AUGGGAUCCGAGCCAGACGUAGUCACGCCGGCCGGCAAGCCCAGACCCAAUCUCGACGGCGUCGGCAUCUGGUGGGUGUGCUGGGCCUGCAUCUGGACGACGCUCCUCGCGGGCAGCAUGGCCUUCCUGAUCCGCCACCGGCACCUCCCGAUGCUGCGUAUCCGCGGCCUCGGCCUCUCCCUGACCGCCAUCGCCCUACUGCACCUGUUCUGGAUCAGCGGGCAGCUCGGCUACGUCGUCGGCGCCCUGGCCCCGCCGCAGGCCGAGUACUGGAUCAUGGGCACGUACUUUCCCUUUGGCAUCGCGCUGUUCCACGCCUCCAACGCGCGCUUCCUGCACGUCGCCAAGCGGCAGCAGAGGUUCACCGUGCAGGGCCGGGGGGCCGGGUUGUGGGGGCCUCACGCCGACGGCGGCGGUCGUCCGGGCGGCUUGCUCGGGAGGUUCUGGGGCCUCGACUACUCGGCCCGGACGCUGGUGCUCGUCGGCCUCUGCAUGAUGCUCCAGCUCUUACUCACCGUCUUCGUGUACCUGAGCUCGCGCAAGUUCCACCCGGCGUUCGGCCUGCCCGGCACCCACGUCGACGGCACCGACGCCCAGCGCAAUGCCGCCAUGGGGAGAGGGUGGGAGUGGUGGCCGACGUGCUUCUGGCAGCUCGCAUGGGCUUGGGUCGUGGCGCCGAUUGUCCUGUGGAAGUCGAGAAACAUCAAGGACGUGCACGGCUGGCGCCUCCAGACGAUUGGCUGCACGCUUGCCAACUAA